AUGGGCGAUAAACGCAAGCUCGUGCAGGAUGAGGUGGUCAAGCCCGAGGGCAAGAAGAUGAAGAAGGACAAGAAGGAAAAGCGCAAGCUAGAGAACGAGUCUGAGGCUGUCAUUCCCGCCGAAACUCCUGCCCCUCCACAGGAAGAAGUGAAGGAGAAGAAGGAGAAGAAGGAGAAGAAGGAGAAGAAAGACAAGAAGGAGAAGAAGGAAAAGAAGGAAAAGCGCAAGCUGGACAACGAGUCUGAGGCUGUCACUCCCGCCGAAACUGCUGCCCCUCCACAGGAAGAAGUGAAGGAGAAGAAGGAGAAGAAGGAGAAGAAAGACAAGAAGGAGAAGCGCAAGGUCGAGGGCGCCGACGCCAAGCCUGCUGCUCCCUCCGAUGACGCUAUGGAUGUUGACGUGAUCCCUGCCGAGAAGGUAGACACCGAUAAGAAGGACAAGAAGAAGGACAAGAAGAAGGACAAGAAGAAGGACAAGAAGAAGGACAAGAAGCAGAAGGAGGAGACCGAGCCCGCGGCCGAGACCAAAGAAGAGCCUACCGCUGAACCCGCGGAGGCCGAGCAGGCCCAGAAGAGUUCCCGCUUCAUCUGCUUUGUCGGCAACCUUCCCUAUUCCGCCAACCACGAGUCCUUGAGCAAGCACUUCGAGAAGAACCCCCCGGCUACAAUCCGCGUCGCAACCAAGAAAGAAGACCCUACUAAAUGCCGCGGCUUUGCAUUCAUUGAGUUUGACAACUACGAUCGCAUGAAGACCUGCCUCAAGCUGUACCACCACUCUACCUUCGACGAUGGAAAGUACCCACCCCGACGCAUGAACGUUGAGCUGACUGCUGGUGGCGGCGGCGCCAAAUCCGAACAUCGCAAUGCCAAGAUCCAGGCUAAGAACGAGAAGCUCAAUGAGGAGCGCCAGCGCCAGGCUAAGGAUAUCCAGAAGGAUAAGAGAAAGCACGAGAAGAAGGCUGCCCCGGCUGGCGGCUCUGGUGCCAACGCUGCUAAUAUGGACGGCGCAGCCGACAAGGCUACCCCGGCUGACAACGGUAACAACGAUCAGUGGGCCGGUCUUCACCCUAGCCGCAGAGGCCGCGUUUAA